AAUGGCUGUAAAAAUAAUCCAACUAUUAUCGUGAUGAUGUGACUGGAAUUUACCAAUGAAGUCCGCUGGUACGCUAAAUGCUGAGCAAUUACAUUUUUUUUUUGAAUUUGCGACAAAGUUUGUGCACAAACUUAUAAUCAUCUCUAUAAGUACCGUCUUAGAAAUAUUUCGUCUGUAUGUAAUAAAACUGUGACAACCUGUCAAAAGUUUGUGUUUGAUCAUGUUAUGUUUCACUAAGUUGUAAACUUAAUGUUCACUGUGUAAACAAUAAACUAUACCUUAUAUACAGUCAGGUUCUCCUUUUAUGUAGUUAAUAAAAAGAAUAAUGGAACAUUUCAAAGAUGAAAGUAGACUACUAGAAAAUGAUUUUACAAUCAAAACAUGGAAGGAAGAUUUCUGUUUCAUUGUUGAGGGCAAACGAUUUUAUGCGGCGAAAAAUAUUUUGGCUUUUACUUCACCCGUUUUUGAAAGAAUGUUCCAAGCAGAUUUCAAAGAAAAAGAUCAAAAUGAAAUGGAAUUACCUGGAAAACUAUCAGCAGACAUGGAGGAGUUUCUUAAAUGUAUAUAUCCAACUGUAAGGAAAGAUGUUACCAUUGACAAUGCAUUCCAAAUCAUAGGUUUGGCAGAGGAAUACCAAGUCCUUGAACUUAAAUCGAAGUGCGAAGAUUGUUUUCUGAGAGAUGUCGAUGAAAAAUGCUCCGUAGAGAAGAUUUUUAAAUUAUACAACUUGGCUUGUCUCUAUUCUUUGAAAACUUUAUCAGAAAAAUGUAUGAAACUGGCAGCUAACAAGUCCCUAGCUGAACUUGAUGGAGCGAACGAAAGAAAUCCAAUACCUCUCAUGGAAAUCCAAAGGAAAAUUAUUAGUGAGAUGGAAAUAAAACAGCUGGAAACAGAAAAGAAAGUUAAAAAUUUACUUCGAGAACAGAAGAAAUUGAUGACCUUGUACAAAUAUCAUCAUGCAAAACUUCAAAAGGGAGAAAGAUUAGGACUUGAUGAUUUUGAAGAUUGGGAGGGGACAAGCGAGUACAUAAAGAUGAAGCCAGAGAAAUUAAGUUAUAAGGACACAAUUCACUAUUGUUCCAUCAGUAUAUGUGAAAUAUCUUUACAGUUGACGUUGAAAAUAAAUUGCGAUCGUUUCAUGUUGACUGUAAGUGUAUGCAAAUCGGACGUACAACACUUUUAGGUCAAGCUUGUUGGAAACGUUGUUUUGUUUAAUGGAAUGGAAGGAAAAAGGGAUUAUUGUCAGAAGUUUGAAACAACGUUUGAUAGACGUGAAAACUCGUUUGAUGUCUCAAUUUUAAAAGGAGUAACUAUGAGAAAUGAAGGAUACAUCUAUCAUGGUAAAAUAGCUGUCGAGUGUAAUUUUCUCGCCUUA